ACGCGAGGCAUCAGUCGUGCAGUGAGGGGCAGAGGAGGGCUACGUCGCUUCAUGUCUCUGUUAUGGCCACACAUCACCUACACUGAAUUGUGCUGACCACUAAAUUUACCAAGAUGGCGGGGCGAGGGCCCACCCACCAAAUCAAAGUUUUACCGACGUUGAUUAUUUUGUUACUGUCAUAUGAAACUACGCUGGCCAAGGUAUGCUUGAACUGCUACACCUGUCUGUGUGAGGGUCAGAAGGGCUUUCUUGGAGCCCCAGGCAUCCCUGGCCUCCAGGGUUCAACUGGCAUCCCAGGAGAUCAAGGAGAAGAAGGACCCCAAGGCCUUCGAGGAGGUGUUGGUGACUAUGGAGAAAAUGGUGCAGUAGGAGAAAAAGGCUUUCGUGGAGACAUGGGCUAUCCAGGAUUUCAAGGAACUGCUGGUAUUCCUGGUCUUCCUGGGUUGGAGGGCCCAGCUGGGAAUGAUGGCCCCCCUGGCUGUAAUGGUACAGAUGGUGCCAAAGGCCUGUCAGGUGUCCCAGGGCCUCCUGGUCUUAGUGGGCCGCCAGGUCCUUCUGGUAGUGUGGGACCUGUUGGAGAACCAGGUGAAGGAGGCAGCAACUCAAGAGGCAUCAAGGGAGAUCAAGGAGAGCCGGGUCAAGAAGGACUCAGAGGCUAUAGAGGGGCACCAGGACCACGGGGACCAAGGGGUGACUACGGAAUACCUGGCUUGAAGGGACAUCAUGGUGAUGAAGGAGCCAAGGGUAUGGUUGGUGAACCAGGAGACCAGCCACAACCCAUUUUAGCCGCUCCAGGAGAAAAGGGAGAAAAGGGUGAUUCAUCAAGAGUGAGAGAUGUGAAGCGAAAACCUGUGUUUGACUUCAAGGGCUUUAAGGGUGAGCCUGGUGCCAAGGGUGCUCAGGGUCCAUUUGGUAUACUUGGUAGUCCUGGUAGUGUGGGCUUUUAUGGUUCACCUGGUGAGAAAGGUGAGAAGGGUGAAAUUGGCAAUGAAGGGCAGAAAGGCAAGGAUGGUCGCGUUGGUCAGAGGGGUGUGCAAGGGCCUAAGGGCUUUAAGGGAGCACCUGGAGCACUUGGGUAUCCUGGUGAAAAAGGUUUUAAGGGUGAAAAUGGAGUGGCUGGUUUUGAUGGUCGUCCAGGCCCAGUGGGGGAUGCAGGACUGCCUGGAUUAUUUGACCCAGCAGAUACUAUAAUCUACAGGGGUCCUCCUGGCCCUCAAGGUCCUCCUGGCCCACGAGGGCUUACCGGCUCUGAUGGGUUUGAUGGUCGACCCGGAGGUAUAGGAGUACGUGGUUCACCAGGCCAGCCUGGCAUAGAUGGAGAGGAUGGAACACCAGGAGCACCAGGCCGCUCUGAGAAGGGUGAACCUGGAGAUGAUGGUUAUCCUGGUCUUAUUGGAAGAUCUGGGCCUCGUGGCAUAACUGGUCCACCAGGUAUUCCUGGUUUGAAGGGUUUCCCAGGUGAUCCUGCUUUUGGCAGUAAAGGUUUAGAUGGGCGUCCUGGUCGACCAGGGGUUAAUGGACUUCCAGGCCCGACGGGUCUAUCUGGACGUAGAGGUAUAAAAGGUAUCCCCGGCCAAGGUCGUGCAAUUGUUGGACCCAAAGGACCUAAGGGUCUCGCAGGUUCUGCAGGUGUACCAGGACUGAUGGGCGCUAAUGGUCAUAAUGGCUUACCGGGUCGUAAAGGAGUUAAAGGAGAUGAUUGUAUUUCAACGCCAAGAAGACCAUGUGAUAGAGGAGACCCCGGUGACCCUGGUCCAGAUGGAUUUAGGGGACGGGUAGGUCCAACAGGUCUCGUGGGUCCGCGGGGUCCAAAGGGUCUCUCCGGAAAACCUGGCUUUCCAGGAUCAAGAGGACUGAAUGGUGUUCCAGGAUCUGCAGGAUCUUCUGGAAGACCCGGCAGAAAAGGAGAGAGGGGUGAUCUCAUACCUAGACCACUACUGAAGGGUCGACAAGGAAGUGACGGGUACCCAGGAGUUUCCGGGAUUAAAGGCCAACGAGGUGAUAACGGCUACGAUGGUGCCAGAGGACUGACUGGAAGAAAGGGUGAGCGAGGUGAUGACGGUGUGGAUGGUUUGGAUGGUUUAACUGGUAAUAAUGGUUUACCUGGUAUUCGUCAGAAGGCAGAAAAAGGUGCACCUGGAAGAAGUGGAAUAAAAGGUCCAUCAAGAGCCAGGCAGUGUAGGCUUACCUCGCAGAAAUUCAUUCACUUAACAUAUUUAUUGAUCAAGUGCUUUAUAUAUUAUCCACCAGGUAAUCUAGGAUUAAAAGGAUUUAAAGGUAUCCAAGGUGACACAGGCUUUGAUGGACGAGAUGGACCAAAGGGUGUUCCUGGUACAAGCAGGUCUGGACCACCGGACCGAAGGGUACCAGGACAGGUUGGAGAUCCAGGCUUAGUGGGUCCUAAGGGAAACCUGGGCCAGAAUGGCAUUCCUGAGUACAUCUCUCAAAACCUCGUUGCUUCAGGCUUCAAGGGCCCCAAGGGUGAACUUGGUAACAGCCUCCCUGGUGGCCCAGGUGUUGCUGGGAGACAAGGACCCCCAGGCUUUGCAGGCCUCCCUGGUGAUGUUGGUCGCCGUGGUGCUUCGGGGGCACCAGGACCAAGAGGAUAUGAUGGCUUAAAGGGCAAUCGUGGGUUUGAUGGCUUAAAUGGCCAAGUAGGAGACGCGGGGCUUGAUGGUUUGUCUGGAUUCCAAGGCCAGGCAGGCAGAGAUGGUCCAAAUGGUGUGAAAGGAGAGCCAGGAUUGAUGGGUAUUCCAGGUCGUCAAGGACAGCCUGGACCUCCAGGAUAUGAAGGUCCUCCAGGAGUGAAGGGAAUAAUUGGCGCUGUUGGACGUCCAGGAAUUAGUGGUUUUGAUGGAACUCCUGGACGGACGGGUGUGAAAGGCUUCCCAGGUGAAAUAGGUUUCCGUGGUCCACCUGGAAUAAAUGGAACCUUCUCUGGUCAUGGAGAUUUUGGUGUAAAAGGUAAGGAAGGUGAUGUUGGACAAAAUGGUCUACCAGGAAUACAAGGAUUAACAGGGUCACCUGGAUUGCCCGGCAUCAACUACACGGGAGCCAAAGGUCGUGUUGGACCCGUUGGUCUCCCAGGUAGAUUUGGCGCACCCGGCAAAGUUGGACGAAAGGGUUCAAUGGGGAUGAUGGGUCUGCCUGGAACCAGAGGAAAUCAAGGUGACGUGGGUGAAGUGGGCCUCCCAGGACCACACGGAGGGAGAGUUGUGGGUCGUGCAGGUCUUCCAGGAUUACCUGGACCAAAGGGUGAAGCUGGCAUACCUGGAAGAUUUGGAAACAGAGGUUUACCUGGUGACCCUGGUAGUCAUGGUCUGCCGGGCAGAUUAGGGCGGAAAGGCUUCACUGGUCGACCGGGUGAUCGUGGACCAAUCGGCAAAACCAUUGGUGGAAUGCCAGCUGAAAAUGGAGAAGUUGGUCGACCAGGACGCCCCGGAGAUCCUGGUCGAGAUGGAUUACCUGGGAUCUCAGGGAUCAAGGGGUCAGUUGGUGAUAUUGGACAGCCAGGUUAUCGUGGCCAACCUGGACGACCGGGCUUCCGUGGUGAUCUUGGCGUCAGAGGACGGAGGGGCCCAGAAGGACUGCCAGGGAGGAAAGGUGGAGCAGGAGAAGAAGGCAUGAUUGGUCGUCCAGGUGGAGCAGGUCGACCAGGCAUUCGUGGACAUAAAGGUCAACCAGGAAAUUUCGGUAGAGACGGCCCUGAUGGACGCAGAGGAGCCCCUGGUAUCAGCCGCCCCGGAAUUACUGGAGACCGAGGCGAUAACGGGUUCCCUGGUGCUCCUGGAAGAACUGGAUUACCUGGUCUGCAAGGUCCUGUUGGACUUCCAGGAGACAAAGGUUCUUUGAGAGGUCCAGAAGGAUUCCCAGGCAAUCCUGGUCUGGUUGGUCCAAAAGGUGAAGUUGGUGACCGUGGUAUCCAAGGUCUCUCGCAGCGCCCAGGUGCCAGAGGAAUUAAAGGAGAACGUGGCAUUGAUGGCUUCCAAGGACUAUCAGGCCAGCUUGGAGCACCAGGAAUUGUUGGCACUCCAGGCCUUCCUGGUGCCCAAGGAAUUCCUGGUUUACAGGGUACCCGAGGUAAUGCAGGAAAUGCUGGGUUCCCAGGUGCACCUGGACAGCCAGGUAUCAGAGGUGACAUUGGUAAUAUAGGUACUCUUGGUAACACUGGUUUCAUGGGUAAGCCUGGUCGAGAUGGACAGAAAGGUCGCAAAGGCUUGGUUGGUCAAGAUGGUUUUGUGGGACCUCCUGGACAGGCAGGUCCCAGGGGACUUCGAGGUAUCCAAGGUGCUAACGGUCAAUCUGGUGCACAAGGACAGCCAGGUCAUACUGGCCCGACUGGUGACCCGGCACCCCCAGGUCCACCUGCCAAGUCAAAAGGUUACCUCAUCACCCGACACUCUCAGGAGAUCCUCUCCCCGCGUUGUCCCAUUGGAACAAAUGUUAUGUGGGAAGGUUUUUCACUUUUACAUGUGAUGGGCAACCACAGAGCUCAUGGACAAGAUCUUGGUGCUCCGGGAAGUUGCCUGAAGAAGUUUAGCACAAUGCCGUACCUCUUCUGUAAUCUGAACAAUGUGUGUGACUACUCUCAGAGGAAUGAUUACUCAUACUGGCUCUCAACCACUGAACCAAUGCCAAUGAUGAUGACCCCAAUACAAGGACCGGAUAUAGAAAAAUAUAUUUCAAAAUGUGUUGUGUGUGAAGCACCAUCACUGGUAAUAGCUGUUCACAGUCAGACUCUGGAGAUCCCAGAAUGUCCAGAAAAAUGGGAAUCACUCUGGAUAGGCUACUCCUUCAUCAUGCACACAGACUCUGGGGCCCAGGGUUCUGGCCAGUCGCUCAUCUCACCCGGCUCAUGCCUCGAGGACUUCCGGUCAAGUCCGUUUAUUGAAUGCACGGGACACGGUCGGUGUAACUUAUUCCCAUCGGCCUUUUCUUAUUGGUUAGCAACAAUUGAAAUUGAACAACAAUUCAGAAAGCCCGAACAACAGACAUUAAAGGCUGGGGAUCUUAAAUCACGUGUCAGUCGCUGCACUGUCUGUAUGAGAAGAAGGGAUGGUGGCAAUGUAAUUCCUACUCCUCCGGCUGAAUUUACAGAUAGAGGUAGACGUCCAUACAACCGCCCACGUGAAGGCAGGAUCUACUUUGGUGGUUAAAUUAUGUGUUAAAAAGCUCUAUCAAUAUUUUUUUUAAAUCAGUACUCUAAAAAUUAUGAAUUUCAAAGUAAAUUCGAUUCUCUUAAGCCCCCUUUUUUACAUCCUAAUGGCUACAUACAUUAUCAUAUGUAAGGUAGUUCAUGUUCAGGCCAUCCCAUUUCACAAUAUGACCUAUUAACUAUAUUUCAUGUUUUUGCUUCACAAAAAGUCUUCAAUAUACUGUACUGUAUAGGAUGUUAAGGUAGUUCAUGUUCUCUCUUGCUUCACAAAAUUUAUAUACCUUGUAGUACAGUAUACAGCAACCAAUUGUUUUAAAACAAUUUGCAUGCAUGUGUCUUUCCAUGUGGUGCUAUGUUAGUGUGUAAAUUAAAGAAGUUUGUCUUAUCUAAGUCAACUGUAUUUAGUUUUAAGUAACAAUGUCUGCUCACUGCCAUUUACUGUAUGAUACCAGUGUAAGUGAAAAAUUCCUUUAUAACAUAAGUUUAGAGACAAUAUAUUUGUAUAUAGUAAUUGCUUCGUUCCUUUUAUUGUUACAACUUUUCUUUUACUUUCUUGAUUCUGACACAUUCAUGUAAACACUUUUCUUGCAGUUAAUAAUGAGAAAAUUUUCAUUUUUAGAUAAUUUCAAAUUACUUUUA